GUUUGCCUUCCCAGUAGCCAAACAUAAACCCAAGGAUGAUGGUAUUAUUCCGGAAUGGCGAACGCUCGGACAUUGGGAUAACAGUGCGAUUAAAGGCCUCCAGAUUAUACGUCUUCGGGAAGCAGCAUCGCCGAUAAACACAGCGAGAGACGCACGCGAGGGACGCGAGGAUCGAAGCGGCUACGGAGGCGUCCCGGGAUCAAAUGAAUCUCGCUGGCCGCCAAACGAGCGUGUGCAAGCGGCCAAAAUCCGCGCAAUAAUCUCCCACCCCCCCCUCCGAAACCAGAGCGAUCCGAGCCGGGCUCGUCGCGCCGCGAGUGCGGGAGAUCGCGUCCGGGGAUAGCGUCGCGCCAGCGCGUGAAGGUGAACGGCCGCGGCCGCCGGAGUCGCGCUCGCCCGCGGCGCCAGUCUGCACGCGGCGGCGGGGAUGCGACGCGCGCCGCGCGGCCUCGCGCUCACCGCAAGCCGGAGGUUUUCGCUCAGAUCGCGAGCUCUAUGGGUCUGCGCGCGGCGCGUUACCGCGGGAGGCGUCCGGAGGAGCGCGUUGCGCGAGCGUCUACAAACACUGUGAAUUUCGCUGCUUAUUAAUCGGUUUUAUGCACUUUAUUUCGUCUCCUAUCACCGCGCUUUAUGUCACAUUCUCUUCUCUUGGGAUUGAGAGGCUGCGUUAAGAUCAGACCGAAGUAACCUCGCUAAAAAACACACUAAUAGCGACCGAAUCAUCUCGCUCUUUACUGUAGCAUCUGCACUGAUUGCGUGUGAACUCGUGGACGUCUCCGCAGUGUUUAAAAACCGACCCUGAAGAGGAAAGAUGAUUCGGUCUCCGGGAAUCUCCGGCUCCAGAUAAUAGAGAGAUGUGGGCUUCUGAUCCCGCGUGUCCCCCAGAGAGAGCCUAGCUGUUAUGACACUACUUCGUUGGGUUUCCCUGGACAUCAGGGGUUUGUUUGCUAAAUGGGACGAUGCUGGUGAGCAGGACCAUUGAGUUUUCCCAAAAGGACCUUUGACCCCCGAAGCAGCGAAAGGACAGAAUCACCUCAAGGAGUGGAAAGAGGAAAUAGAAGUAACUCUACACUAAUGACGUGAUCUCAGACCGACAGAAAACCACUACACGAAUAACCAGACAUGAGUCUCCGACACCCGACCUCCACGCUGGACAGUCCUUUUGCUGCUUGGUUGAGCAGCCUGACUCUGGGAGAUUCGGAGCGCAGGUCUUCUCCCGGCCAGCAGAGGGACACGCUGCCAGAUCUCUCCUCAGACGGCUCAGGGACGGGUUUAGUCCAAAGAUGUGUGGUUGUGCAGAGGGACAAUCUGGGCUUCGGCUUCACCGUCUGUGGCGAGAGAAUCAAACUAGUGCAGAAUGUUCGGCCAGGUGGAGCGGCGGUCAAGGCUGGAGUUCAGGAAGGAGACCGGAUCAUUAAGGUCAAUGGUUCGUUGGUUUCGUCCAUGUCUCAUCAGGAAGUGGUGAAGAUGAUCAAAUCUGGGACGUAUGUGGCGCUGACUCUCCAGGGCCCGCCUCCUUCGGUCGCGUCCGUCCCGCUCCAGCCCCUCCCCUCGGACCUCUUGCCCAAUCACAGGAUGGCGCCGGGUGAAGCCCCGCCCCUUCCGCCCACGCCCCCCGCAGGAAGCAGCACCCCGACUCAGAGAAUCACGGGACCCAAACCCUUACAGGACCCCGAGGUGCAGAAACACGCCACAGAGAUCCUCAGGAAGAUGCUGGAGCAGGAAGAGGCCGAGCUGCAGAACCUGCUGGAGGAGCGCUCCAGAAACCCCUCGCCGUCGCUGGAGGAGCGCAUCGAGAGCGCCAGGCGCAGAGCCAAUCAAGUGAGGGUGAAGAUCCGGCAGGACGUGGACGGCACUCGGUCAGAAGCUGUGGUGAACUACCUCACGGCUGGAGAAGGCCGCCUGUCGAUGGACUCCAGCGAAGGAGACGCCGAGGUGUGUGAGAGCCCCUUCUCCUCCCCCUCCACCUUCCUCCGCCGGCAGGGAUCUGACACACACACCUCAGACUCGGGAGGAAAGACUCAGAUCAUCGGGCCUGAGGAGGAAGAGGAGGAUGAUGGGUAUUCUAUUAACGAGAUGGACGGGCCGUUUCAGGACGUGGAGCUGCUGAAGAGUCGCCCCGCUCAUAUGACUGUGUUCAUGAGAUACGUCUUCAGUCAGCUGCUGGAUCCAAACCCGCUGUUGUUUUAUCUGUCUGUGGAGGCGUAUCUGGGCUCGAGCCCCAAAGACGCCCGUUCCCUCGCCCCUCAGAUCUGCUCGCACUUCCUGGACCACGAUGCGCCUCUGAAGAUUAAAGCCCGAGAGGAGUUUCUGACAGACAUCGAGAAUCGUCUGCAUGCCCAGGAGGACAUCCGAGGGCCGCUCUCCGAGCUCCAGCAGCAGGUGCUUCCUGAUAUUCAAGACCAGCUUCAGGACUACAGGAACAAGCAGACGAUGGGUCUGGGUUCUCUGUUUGGAGAGAGUGACCUCCAGCAGUUAGAUGGAGAUCCUGUGAAGGAGCGGCAGGUGGUGGACCGUCAGGUGCUGGCUCUCUGGGAGAUCCUCUCAAAACAUGAGGAGGACCGAAGCUCUCCGCUAGCGUCUGCGGUUCAUCUCUAUCUCAGACACUCGGGCAUUAAACUCAGAGACUCCAAGGUGUUUCCCGGCUUGAUGUCCGAGAAGGAAAAGUGGCUUCCGUUCUUUCCUAAAGCUAAGAAGCUGAGCAGCUCCAAACGAGAGAGGGAUGGAGACGACAGGAAAAGAAACCCCAUCCUGAAGUACAUCGGCAAACCCAGAAGCACGUCCCAGUCCACGUUCCAUGUUCCUUUGUCCCCCAAUGAAGUUCGUCCGGGGAGCGUGAGAAACAUCAUCCAGCAGUUUGAGAACAGCUCGGACUCCGUUGAAGAAGGGGAUGUUGAGGGACAGAGACUGUCUUCCAGCAGCUUUGGAGAGGACAGCAUGGACAGUCCGACCAUCUCGGUGCGUUUGGCUCGCAGCGAGUCUCUGAAAGCUCAAGGGGAGGGGCGUCGGCGAGGAGGCGGGGCGGGGGCGGAGUCUGUGCCUCGUUCCCGUAGCGAUGUGGACAUGGAGGACUGUGAGGAGAGGGAGGGGCCAGGACUGAGGCCGUUACAUCACAGCGCUUCAUCCUCCGCCUCCAGCAGCUCGGCCCGAUCACUGGAGAACCCGACACCUCCAUACACUCCUCGUUCUCAGCGCAGGCUGCUGGACGCUCCGGUGGCUCUGUUACCUGACGCUCCAGCUCUGGACGAGGACGUCAUUGACUCUCAGAACUGGCAGGAGACGGUGGAGCCACACGUUCUGACGUCUCUCUGCUCACGAGAGAUUGACCGGCAGGCCGUCAUCUACGAGCUCUUCACCACCGAGGCGUCUCACCUGAGGACCCUGCGGGUGCUGGAUCAGGUGUUUUACCAGAAGAUGCAGAGCGUCCUUACUCCGGAAGAGCUGUCCUGCAUCUUCCUGAACCUGCGCCAGGUCUACGAGCUGCACGCGAGCUUAUGCGAGGCCAUGAAGAAGCGCAGGGAGUCUCCGAUCGUCCAGGGCAUCGGGGACGUCAUGCUGGCCAGACUGGAGGGAGAGGCUGGAGAUCAGUUCGAGGAGCAGGUGUCUCAUCUGUGCAGUCAGCAGAGUCAAGCUCUGGAGCUCAUCAAGAACAAACAGCGCAAGGACCCUCGCUUCGCACACCUCAUACAGGAGUGCGAGGCCAGUCCUCACUGCCGCAGGCUUCAGCUGAAGGACCUGCUGGUGGCGGAGAUGCAGCGCUUGACCAAAUACCCUCUGCUGCUGGACAACAUCAUCAAAUACACAGAGACGUCGUCUCCGGACCUGCAGCCGCUUCAGAGAGCACAGGCCCGUUGCCGCGGGAUACUGCAGGCCGUGAACGAGGUCGUCAGGGAGACGGAGCACCGGCACCGGCUCGGCCAAUACCAGCGCAGGCUGGACCUGACGCCCCUGGAGCGGCUGACCAAUCCGGUCGCAGCGCAGUUCAAGAACCUGGAUCUCACCGCCAAGAGGAUGAUCCACGAGGGGCCGCUCACCUGGAAAGUCAGCAAGGACAAAGCCAUCGAGGUCCAGGCUCUGCUGCUCUCAGAUCUUCUGGUGCUUCUUCAGAGAGGUCCAGACGAGCGGCUCAUCCUGCGCUGUCCGUCACGCUCGCUGGGCGGAGCCCCGGACCUCAAGAUCCCCUUCUGCCCGAUCCUGCGCCUCGACUCCGCCCUCGUCCGCUCCGUCGCCACGGACAAUAAAGCGCUGUACGUGAUCAGCACCUCGGAGAGUCAGAUCUACGAGCUGGUGGCCGGGACGUCCUCGGAGAAGAACACUUGGAAAGACCUGCUGGAGAAGACCAUCGCCGCGGUCACUCGAGGAGCGGGCUCCGGCAAACAAGGCUCACCGGCACCGUCGUCUGAUGCACGUCCGUCUGCCGCUGCGCUGGCUGAUGCUGAACGUCUCCCGUCUCUGUUAGACGUGUCGGAGUCGAGCGUGUCUCUGGAGCGGGACUCUGCUAGCGAAGACGAAUGCGCUCUCUCGCCCCAAACUACAGCGAGCGGCGGAUCGGACGCCCUCCGGAGCCGGGACGGGGACGGCUUCCUCCAGAACAAAGCCGCUGUCGCAGAAGCUGCUCUUCAGGACGUGGAGACCCUUCGUCAGCUGAUCUUCAGAGACCUGGAGGACGGGUGGAGUCAGGAUUCGGAUGACACGCCCACAAACGAGACGGCCAAUGAAAGGAGUCCCUUCACGGAUAGACCGGGGGCGGAGUUGAGCAGCUGGGGGGAGGGGCCUGUGGAAGUCCCGCCCCUCGAGGGGCUGCCUUCGCCCGUUCAGGUGGUGAGGAAAGUUUUGGGUGCGGGCUGUUCUCUUCCUGAUGACAUCACUGAUGAUGUCACCGCCGGCCAAUCCUCUCGGGACGGAGUUCUUGUUAACGUUCACCCCGCUGCUGUGCUGCUUCCAGGAAACAUGUUUUAUCUGGUCAUGCCCAAAGACCAGUCGAGUUCUCUCUCAGACGAGAGCAGCACAGACGAGCUCAAAGAAGCUCCAGACAGCGUCCAUCAGACUCAAAGCACCUUCUCGGCGUCCUUCAUCAUCGAGGAAGAGGAACAGGAGACGCCCCGCCUUUCUCCAGCCGACCAAUCACUGACUGAGACACUGAGUCAAAGGGAAGGACUCGGCCAAUCACAACCCAGCGUCCAGCGACAUGUGAUCAGAAACGUGGACGAGAUCUUCAACACCAUGGAGGAGCUGAUGAGGAAACUACAGCACCUGAGGGACAUUGAAGCUGACCACUACAAACUCCUGAAGAAACUAAGAAAACCUCUUGCUGUGGAUAAAAACGAUCUCGUCCACACGCCUCCCAAAUCGGUCCGAAUGCCCUCGCAGGACCGCGGAGCCGGAGACGGUAAAGAGGGCGGCUCGACAGAACCAGCUCGGCCAGAAAUCCAGUCGACCGGUUUCUGACGGUUUACACUGGACCCGCUGGAGGACUUUCAAACGCACGCACCGCACUCUAUGAUGUAGCCCCUUCCCAGCAUGCCUUGCGCCUGGAAGCGCCACCCAGGCUAAAUUACGUGUUGUGUGUGUGUGUGUGUCGAUCAGAAAUUCGUGACUCGGGACGGACGACCCUUCGGGCCAGCGCCGAGCAAGAAAGCAGGGAAAAAAGAACGUUGAAACGAAAACGAAACGUUUGCGAAGAAGUACGCGACGCGCGAAGAACAAAAAAAAAACGCAAGUGAGCUAGCGCGGCCGAAGACAUGACUCCGUCCCACGAAGGAAACCCGGCACUUUACCUGCUGUUCGUCUGUUUCUCCUCCGUUCAGGAAACUCGCCAAUAAAAACGGGCGACUUUUCGGCCGCGCGCAUCGUAAAGCCGCGUCCGCUCGCCGACGGACCGCUCCGACUAAUUCAGGUUCUUUUGCACUGGGACCCCCGUUUUCCGCGGCGGGAGGGGGGGCGACGGAUAACGGUGUCUGGCGAAUAUCACUGUUCGUUCGUUAAUAUCGUAUCUUGUAUUUCAUUGCGCGACACUACGUGGGGGAACGAAGGAAAACCGAAAAAGGUGAAGGUUUAUUUUGUGCUCAAUUAGCGAACGAUAACUCGUAAACCGUUCGUAACUGGACUCCUGUUUAUAUAUAUAUAUAUAUAUAUACGGAAACAAAAAGGGGCGUGUCUGUGAAUUCUGACAUCAUGUCAUGUGACCUGCGAGCCGACACAUUUGUAUUACGUGUAAAUACUGUGAACUUCCGCCGCUUCGUUCGUAGCUCGACGGGUGCUUGAAACACACAUGAAGGGAACGGGAACUCUAAUAAUAAUAAAGAGAAUAACGCGACUUCUACGUUCGAAACGCAAGCGUCUUUAUAAGUGUUUAACUCGUACACCUAACCUGCCAAAGGAGGAUUGUUACCUCGCCUCCUUUUUACGUUUGUUUGGUUUCGUAUUCUUGUUUUUGUAUUUUAAUAAGUUGUUUUUUGCGAGUUUGCAGAGCGUUUUUAUCGGCGCCGAAGGCUUGCGUGGAUAACUGCUGUUAACUCAGGUGGAGAAAUGUAGAGGGACUUUCUCUCGUUAGCUUUAACUCCUUCUCACGCGUUCCUUUCCUCAUUCCUCCAUCUUCAUCGUUCAUUCAUGCUCGUCAACGUUCGUACGAUUCGUACGCCGCACAACGAAGAAGCCCACACUCGUGCGAACUACUGUUCUGUUGGUUUUUAUUGACUGUCACUCAUGUAAUAUAGUCGAGGGCCUGUUUUAUACGUUCACUUUCUGUAAAGCUCUAGUCACCUCUUUAAUUUUAUUUUUGUAGAUAUGACGGACAGAAGGAUGUGUAAAUUAUUCUCUCUCCCUCUUUUUAAAAACGGCGAGAUUUGUUAGAUGCACAGGAAGAUGAAAACUCAUGUUUAAAAAAAAAAAAAAAAAGAAGAAAAACAACAACAAAAAAAAGAGAGAACUCAUUUGUUUUGUGAAAUUAAAAUGUUUAAAAAAAAAAAAAAAAAAA